AUGGGCAAAGCAGUAUCGAAAUUUACUCGAUCAUUAGGUUUCGCUGGUAAUAAAACUGACAAUGCUGAAAAUGAUCCUGAAAUGCCAUCAUCACCUAAUGCUCCACAAUGGGAUACAACAAUUGAUCAAUUAUUUGGUGAUGCACCUCCUGAUGACAAUGUUAUUGGUCCACCAGAUAUUCCAGAUGUUCCCAUAAAACCCAUAAAACGACGAAGACCACCGCCACCUCCAUCGAUGUUAAAUCGUGGUCGAAAAGGUCGUCGAGGAGCAGUACAUUCAAUGAAAACACCAAUAGUACCAGAAAUUCCUAGAAGAUGUGCUACAGGUAGAGCACACGCAUUAAAUGGACCAUUUGGUGUAAAUCGACGACCAAUAGUUGUACCAGCACCAAUUACUGAACGUGAAAGACCAGCUCGAAUUGCUGUUCCAACUAAUUUUAAACGACGACCAUCAAGUCGUCGAAGAAGACCAUCAUCACAACGUAGUCAACGUUUACAGGAAUUACUUCAAUGUCCUGUUUGUUUGACACCAUAUACUGAACCUCGUCUUCUUCCUUGUGGUCAUACUUAUUGUGAUGAAUGCCUUAAUCGUUUAAUGCAAAAUAACAAUGAUGUUGUAACUUGUCCAGAAUGUCGAAAACAACAUUUAGUUCCUGAAGAUGGUAUUUUUCCACCUAAUUUUGUUGUUCGUAACCUUCUUGAUGAGCAAGCUAUGUCAACAGCUUCAAGAUUAACAACAUCAGGCAAUCUUUCAUUGAAUACCGGAGCUACUGCUAAAUGUACAACAUGUGAAACAUUUGCACCCUUACGUCUAUGUCGUCAUUGUAAUUUCAUGGUAUGCGAUAGAUGUUUACGAGCACAUCGAUACGAUUCAAAUAAUCAAGAUGAAUGUUCUAAACAAUCAAAAAUGUCGAAAGGUAAAUUAAUUCAAUUUUAUGUAGCUGUACGUAAAAUAACUCCAACGAAUUCUCAAGUAAAACGUUUAACAAUUGAAAUGCCCGUGGGUAAUUAUAUUCGAGAUACAUGUCAAACACUUAUACAACGUAUAGCUGAACGUGAACAAUUGUCAUCAAUGACAAAUCAACUUGUACUAGAAUUUGGUGAUAAACGUUUAAGAGCUCAACGAACAUUAGCUUCAUAUGGUGUACAAAAUGGUGAUCUACUUUUUCUUUUUAAUCCUGACCAACGACUUAGUUUUCUUGCUUAUGAAGAUGAAGAAAAUUUAUCUGGAUCAGCAUUGUUGCCUAAUAGAGAAAAUCCUCGUUUUAGAUCAAAUAGUUAUAAUAGUAGUACAAGUGAUAUUCGAACAACAACAUCAAAUGACAUGAUUUAUAAUCAUCGAUAA